UUCGAUCUGAGAAAAGAGACCUAUCGGACUAUUUGAUGAAGUAGAGGGAUCUAAUUAACAAAAUAAACAAAAUUUGCUUCAUGCUUGGAUGUCUGAGUAACUUAUCCAAUAAUAAUUUUAUCUUGUGUGAUAAUAUAUUAGUCCAAUGGAAAGAAGUUUGGUUUUUUUGCUUUUUAAAAUGUUUUGACGCACAUGGUUAGUACCUGCCGCAAACGCUAAAUAAAGUAUCCAACUCAGACAUUUAAUCAGACAUUCCAUCAAUCCAAUAUUAUUUAAUUAUAAAAAUAUUUUGAAUAAAAUAUUCAUGCAUUCAAUCAGGAUUUUAAAUAUUUAUUUCAAAAAUAGAAAUGUUGAUUUUCUCUGUACAUCCUUUUUCUUUUCUUUCCGAAAAAGAAAAAGAAAAAGGCGUCCGAUCAAAGGGCUUUGGCAUUAACUAUAAUCUUCUUACUUAAAAUCGCCCCCUCUCUCUCUCUCUCUCUCUCUCCAUCGGAAAUUGGUGAACAAAAUGAGUUGGGGAUCCUCUGAAGCAACUGCGACGGAGGAUACGCACAGCUCGAACUCCGAUGAUGGGAGCGCCACGGAAUCCACCAAACCCUCUAAGAUCUUUCUGAGGUGGAUGAAAAUAGUUUCUGUAGAUGUCGACGGCACGAGCACAAUCAAUGACAUCAAAGAAAAGGUUUGUGCUGCGGAGAGAAUUGGCGCAAGGCAGCAGGAGUUAUUUUUCGCUGGCACUCACUUGGAGGGGGAUAAGACGCUUGCAGAUUACAACAUCCCGCUGAACUCCACUAUCAACCUGUACGUCAUCGACGGAAUGCAGAUAUUUGUCAGAAUACCAUCGAGAGAGAAGACGAUCGAGUUGAAUGUGAGGAAAUCAGAUACGAUCCUUAGCGUAAAGAUGGCAAUCCGUGAAAAGGAAGGAGUCCCUUCAAAACUACAAAAGGUCAUGUACUUAGGCGAAUUUCUCGAGGAUCACCAAAUAUUAAUUGCAUGCGGUGUAAAAGAAAACGCGACACUUCAUGUAAUAUUGUGCCCGACAGAUGAGCUGCAUAUCUUUGUCGCGAUUAUGCCUACCAAAACCAUAAAACUUCAUGCGAGAAGCUGGUAUAGCAUCGCGGACGUUAAAUUGAUGAUCGAAAACUUGGCGAGUGUUCCUACACAGAACAAGAGACUUUACUAUAGUGGAAAGUUGCUUCGGGAGAAUCUUACUUUGUAUGAUCACAAAAUCGGUGAUAACUCCCUUCUCGAAUUGCAGCUAUCUCCAGUGCAGGUCUUCGUCAGGACGUGGGAAGGCAAGACGUUGACGGUGUUGGUGGAGGAGAAUGAAACGGUGGCCGACAUCAUGGUUAAGAUUGAAAAGAAGCUGCAGCACAAGCUGGAGAAGCACUUGCUCGUCCACGAGGGAUCUGUUCUUCAGGAGGAAAAAACUCUCGAAAGUUCCGGUGUUGUUGGCAAUUCGACGAUACAUCUCCUAGUUCGUCUCCCCUCAGGAGUAGGGCACUAAAACGGGCUGCGAAGGCGAACGCGCAAGAGUACGCAGAGAUCUGAACACAGGAAGAAGUUCUGAUAGUUCUCUAAAACUGUGCAAAAAACAGUUGAUUCAGUUCAGGUCUGAUGCUGCUGUUUUUUUUUGUUUGUUGGCUAGUUUUGGCUACUAUAUCAACUUUAUGUAAUCUGAUGUUUAUGAUGGCUUGGUAAAAAUACAUCUUGUGAUUUUGUCAUGGCCUAACUUCAAA